AUGCCGCAACUGGACACAUCAACGUGAUUCAUCACAAUUCUAUCAAUACUCAUAACCUUAUUCAUCCUAUUUCAACUAAAACUCUCUAAACACAUCUAUUAUCCAACUCCAGAGCCCAAAUUUAGUAAAACGCAUAAACAAAACACCCCCUGAGAAACGAAAUGAAAGAAAAUUUAUUUGCCUCUUUUAUUACCCCAACAAUAA